UUAGCAACGCAACCGCGCUGUGUGUUAGCAUCUAGGAGUUUUUCGUUACGUGAUUCGCGGCAACUGUGUCCCCCCUCCAUUCCCCCGUCCACCGCCAAACAGUCACAGCAAGAUCCUUCCGUACUCAUUCCGCCGAGCUUGCAGCAGAGGCUGUUGAUCACCGUGUUACCGGGUCUUGGCACCAGCCCUGUUCGCGUUCUGUUGAUCCGCGGAAGGCCCCCCGCGGCGGGCGGGCAUGGCGGCGCCAGGGACGCUGAACCUGGAGGGGACGCACACGUGGGGGUCGCGAAGCAUCGAUGAAUUCGAGAAGCUCGAGCAGAUUGGCGAGGGAACCUACGGGCAGGUGUACAUGGCGCGGGAGAAGGGCACGGGGGAGAUAGUGGCGCUCAAGAAAGUGCGCAUGGACAACGAGAAGGAGGGGUUCCCCAUCACAGCCAUCCGCGAGAUCAAGAUUCUGAAGAAGCUCAAGCACGAGAACAUUGUCAACCUCAAAGAGAUCGUCACGUCCAAAGCGGAGGAGAGCAACAAGUUCAAGGGCAGCAUCUACAUGGUCUUCGAGUACAUGGACCAUGACCUCACAGGCCUAUCGGACCGGCCUGGCAUGCGCUUCUCCGUGCCGCAGAUCAAGUGCUACAUGAAGCAGCUUCUCACCGGCCUACAUUUCUGCCACAUCAACUCGGUGCUCCAUCGAGACAUCAAAGGCUCCAACCUGCUGAUCAACAACAAGGGCGUGCUGAAACUUGCUGAUUUCGGCUUGGCGCGAUCUUUCAACAGCGAGGCGAGUGGGCAGCUCACCAACCGAGUCAUCACCCUGUGGUACCGACCGCCCGAGUUGCUGAUGGGUGCAGUGCGGUACGGACCGGCAGUGGACAUGUGGUCAGUGGGGUGCAUAUUUGCAGAGCUCCUGAUCGGCAAGCCCAUCCUGCCAGGGAAGAGCGAGAUCGAGCAACUGGGUCUCAUCUUCCAACUAUGCGGCACGCCAGACGAGACCAACUGGCCGGGGUGCUCCAAGCUGCCGUACAUGCAGCAACACAAGAGCGACCGGGUGCUGAAGAGACGCGUCCGAGACAUAUUCAGAAAUGUGGACAAGCAUGCUCUCGACCUGCUGGACAAGAUGCUCACACUCGACCCAAACAAGCGCCUGUCAGCCAAGGACGCCCUCGAUGCCGAGUACUUCUGGGUGGACCCUCUUCCCUGCGACCCGGGCAGUCUGCCUCAGUACGAGUCGUCUCACGAGUUUCAGACGAAAAAGCGGCGGCAGCAGCAGCGGCAGCAGGCAGAGGAGAUGGCAAAGCGGCAGCGGGCGGGAGGGGGAGGGGGAGGGGGAGGCCCGGGGGGAAGCGGGCUCCCCCCACACCCCCAUGGCCGCCAGGGCACAGUUAUGGGGGAGGAGGGGGGUAUGGUGGAAGAGGAGGGGGGAGUGGAGGUGGAGGGGGCGCAAAUCGUGAAUGGGCAUGGGUUAUGGAAUGGGCAUGGGUUAUGGAAUGGGGGGAACAUGGGUAUGUGGAAAUGACUUAAUCUGUGUGAAUGCGUUUGCAGAAGCAGCAGGAGGUGACGGCAGUGAUCAAAUGCACCAGACAUGAUGAGGCACUGAUACUCGCCACGCAUACACGUUUGAUCACACAUGCAUUAUUCACCAUACGUCAACCCUCCUCUCUCCUUCUUGCCCCUUGUGAUUCCUUCUCAGCUUGAGCUUCUUACUUCGCUGGUGUUUUGUUUCUCCUCGUCCCACUCUUCCCAACAUCUUCAAUGCCUCUGUCAACUCGUGACUCGACCCUCCCCUUCCCCUCAUUCCCUUCCCCCCAUUCCCUUCCCCUUAUUCCCAUCUCCCCAUUCCCUUCCCCUUAUUCCCAUCCCCCCAUUCCCUUCCCCUUAUUCCUUUUCCCCCAUUCCCUUCCCCUUAUUCCCAUCCCCCCAUUCCCUUCCCCCCAUUCCCUUCUCUCCAUUCCCUUUCCCUCAUCCGCUCGCAGUGCGGCAGCCGGCACAUCAGGCGCCCGACCACUGCCGUACCCACCUGCGGCUGGUUACAUGGAUGUGGACGCUCAAUACAAUCGCUCAUCUCACGCCAUGCCCGCUCCCCAUGCGCCGUACCCGCAUGGUGAGGGGGCGGGAGGGGAGAGAGGUGGUGGAGGGGGGAGUGGAGGGUCGUCGCCACACCACCCAUCAUACAGGGGAGGGGUAGGGGGAGGGGGAGGAGGGGAUUACCGCGGGCACUACUCUCAGCGAUAGUGGCCUUUCAGGCGCCUCAAAGGUCGUCGCCACACCUACAGAGGAAGAGACUACACGAGCAUUUUUCAUACCCAUUCAAUAACAGCGGUUAUGGUGAGGUGGUCUUGCUCCGUUUUGGUGUGCAAUACACCCUGUUUCCCUUCAGCUGUCCCUGCCCCAGGCCCCCAGCGUUGUAAUUAUCAGCCGGAAGAGCAGGAGUGGUGAUGCGUGGACUUUUCCCACAUUGCUCAUCAUGGGGAGGGGAUUCAUUUGGUCUGCUUCAUGUGCUACUUAUGUUCCAGUUUCCGGAGUUAUAGCCACUUCCAUAUAAGGCAUGGUUUGUAGUACUCACUAAUGCAUGUGCUGAAAGUGUACAAUAUUCAUGUGUACCUGGUUCUAAUGGAAACUUGCCAAUACU